CCUCCAGCAUCACACACACACACACACACACACACACACACACACACACUGACAGGUCGAGCAAUCCUUUACCGCGCUGAGCAACAGCGCGCGCGAUUACUUUCAAAGCGUCUGUGCGCGUGAGCCGAGCAGCUGUAAAGGAAGCAAUACAGAGGCUCAAGAAAACAUUUGACCGGAUUUACACUCCUGCUGUGGAGCUCAAGAUGAGUAAACCAACUCUCACGGCUGUCUUCAUCGCAUUUCUGCUGACUUCUAGUGGAGCAAAGCCAAAUGGAAAGAACAAAAAGCCAAAACAAGUCGUGCCAGCAAUAGAAUGUGAUAUGCGGGCUGGGAAGAUCAAGCUCCCUGAGUUUAUCGUUAAGUGUCCAACUAACUGCAUGGAGAGCAAGGAGAAGGUCUAUGGGACGGGUGUAUUUGCCUCCAUUUCCAGUAUCUGCAAUGCUGCUAUUCACAGUGGAGUCAUCAGUAACUCUGGAGGAAAGGUAAUUGUGAUGAAGAUGGCAGGACAGGCGAACUACAAGGGCAGCCUUUCCAGUGGAGUCCGCUCUCUGUCCUUACACAACUGGAGAGAGUCGUUUUCAGUCUCAGUGGGUAAACCAAAGAAGGGGGUGAUCUAUCCACCCACUCUGGUCUUUGUAACUCCAAAACCCACCACAUUGAAAACAGAUGAACCCAAAAUCCUGCCGGACUCUAUGGUGUCGCCAGUGACAGAGGCUCCUGAAACAGAGUCCACCACAGCUCCGCCCACAACCACUCCUGUGGCCACACCCACCACCACAGCCCCACCCACUACCACAUCAGCCAAGCCACGGGUCACCAUUCAUAAAGUCCGCGAGGCAGGCAGCAGUCACCCGUAUUUCAGCUCUGUUGCACGACAAUCACAGAGCGCCCAAGGAAAGGGUCCUAUGCAAGCAUUUAGAGGCAGCUCCGUCUAUGCCAAUAGGUUUUCACCACGCACAAACACAGGUGUGCACAGGUCAGAGAGCCCCACCAUCAGAAGACAGCCACAUGUUGCCUCAGCUUCAGCAGCUUUCAGUCGGGUGCAGCCGCAGUCUGAGAGAAAGCAGCACACGCCGCAGUCUAAUCCCACAUAUGCACGAAGAGAUUGGACGCACCCUCCAUAUGCACGACCUGAUUGGUUCUCUGGCACCAGAAGGCCAACAGAUAGUAGCCACUCAGUGCCAAACACAGGCUAUAAAUGGAGCAGGAUGAGCACUGGAGACCCUGCAGUUCUUGACCCGCGGCCUGAUAGCACAGAGUAUGAGCACUGGCCGUACAACUUUGGACAGUUUUCUCCUGAGCCAGAACACAAGCCUCCAUCUGUGACGAGCCAUGGCAGAGAGGCACCUACUGAGACAAACCCAUUCAAUUCAGGAUUCAGCGCUCGAGGACACAAGCCAACAGCCAGAGCUCCUAAACUCCCUGAACGUACUCAAGGAGAUCCAAAUUGUAAAGUUGAUAUAGCGUUCCUCAUGGAUGGCAGCUGGAGCAUUGGGAAACGACGAUUUAAGAUUCAGAAAGACUUCCUUGUGGAGGUUUCUCAGGUUCUCAAUGUGGGAACGGCAGGACCCAUGAUGGGCAUCAUUCAAUAUGGGGAUGAUGCGGUCACAGAAUUCAGUCUGAAACAGUACUCCAGCUCCAAUGAGGUGAAAUCAGCCAUCGACACUAUAGUGCAGAAGGGCGGCCUUUCACAUGUAGGGAAGGCCCUCUCCUACAUCAACAAGCACUUCUUCAGUGAUGCUAAUGGGAAUCGAGGCGGGGCGCCCAAUGUGGCCGUGGUGCUGGUGGACGGCUGGCCCACUGACAGGGUGGAGGAGGCCUCGCGUCUGGCCAGAGAGUCGGGCAUCAACAUCUUCUUUGUCACCAUCGAGGGCCCAGAUGAGAAUGAAAAACAGAACGUGGUGGAGGCCAACUUUGUUGACAAGGCUGUGUGCAGAACCAACGGCUUCUUCUCGCUGCCUAUAAAGAGCUGGUUCGCUCUGCGGGAAGCUGUGCAGCCUCUGGUGAAGAGCGUGUGCGACACCGACCGCCUGGUGUGCAGCAAGACCUGCCUGAACGCCAACGACAUCGCCUUCGUCAUCGACGGCUCCAGCAGCGUGGGAACCGGAAACUUCCGCACCGUGCUCCAGUUUGUGGCAAACGUGACGCGGGAGUUCGAGAUUUCAGACACAGACACACGCGUAGGAAUCGUACAGUACACGUAUGAGCAGAGGCUGGAGUUCGCUUUCGGACAGCACAACAACAAAGCCGACUUGCUGAAUGCUAUCAAGCGCAUAAACUACUGGAGCGGAGGAACCAGUACGGGAGCCGCCAUCACAUACGCCGCGGACCAGCUCUUCAGCAAAUCCAAACCCAACAAGCGCAAGAUCAUGAUUGUCAUCACAGACGGACGCUCCUACGAUGACGUGAGGGUGCCGGCGAUGGCGGUACAUCAGAAAGGUGUGAUUGCGUACUCCAUCGGCAUCGCCUGGGCAGCGCAGGACGAGCUGGAAUACAUCGCCACCGACCCGGACAGAGAGCACUCUUUCUUUGUGGACGAGUUUGACAACCUCUACAAGUUUGUGCCAAAAAUUAUUCACAACAUCUGCAACGAGUUCAACUCCCAACCACGUAACUGAACCAUGCUGGAAGAUCACAUUACCAGUCACAGGUUUAGUGUGGUUAGAAGCCUCACUAUCUGAUGAAAGGCGUAGAAGAGGACAGCAUGUUUCCAGCUUCGAUAUUUUGCAAUUUAAACAAAAUUCAGUGUGGAAAUGAUCAUUUAAUGAUGGCGGUGAAUGUGUGUUCAGUGACUUUGGAUUAAAGUGUGACGGACUGAGAGAAAACACAUGCUUACAGCUUUUACAUAGAUUCUUUCAGUUAAAGAUUAUUUAUAUUUUACAUGCUGAACAAAAUAAUAUGAAAAAUUACAUAAUUAUUAUAUCUUUUUUUCAUAUGGAAAGCUUAUAGCUAAUUCUCUGCACAAGAUAAAGGUGUCAAGCAAAAAAUGUUUAUUUGUAAAUGAAAAAUCUUUUGAAAUGAUGUGCUAGAAGAACGGGAUUUUGCUUUUGUUCAGAAGACAGGAUUGUUAAUGCAUGCAUGAACUGACUGAUGGUACCGUAAUGUACAAGAUAUUUUUCAAGGCAAAAAAGUGACCAAUGUUGGAGUAUUAAGAGUGUUUUGACAGGAAGUUACAGAAAGGCAAGCUUCAGUUGUGUGGUUUGAUGACUAUAUCCAUUCAAACAGAUGUUGAUCAUAGACCUAAAAAGUUUUUUUUUUUUUUUUCCUUGUCAGUUUAAAUUCAUAUAUUGUAAUUUUUGUAUUUGUAUAUAUAAAAAAAUGCUUGUAUUUUUGUUUAAGAUGACACAACUGAUCCAGUAUUUUAAUGCAAUUUUUAAUAAAAAUGAUUAUUUAAAACCA